AUGGGCUCAGUUCCGCGGGGCCUCCGCCAGGUGCUCCAAAAAUCCCCCUCGGACAUUGUCAUCCUCUCCUCGGUGCGCACCGCCAUCACACGCGCCAAAAAGGGCGGCUUCAAGGACGCCUACCCCGAGGAACUGCUCGCACACGUACUCAAAGCCACGCUCGCCGCAAACCCAAACCUCGACCCUGCGCUGAUCGACGAUGUCGCCAUUGGAUCGGUACUGCAAGAGCUCGGCGGCGCAAAAGCCGGGCGAAUGGCACAGAUCCACGCGGGGUUCCCACACUCGGUGCCCUUUCAUACGAUAAACAGGCAGUGUUCUUCAGGGCUGGCAGCUAUCACCACCGUGGCGAAUGGGAUUCGUAGUGGGGGCAUUGAUAUCGGUGUUGGAGGUGGCAUGGAGUCGAUGACGAGAAACUACGGCUCGCGUGCGAUUCCGACGGUGCUGUGGCCUGAAUUGAAAGACUCGCCCUCAAAGGACUCGAGAGACUGUAUUAUGCCCAUGGGUAUAACCUCGGAGAACGUGGCGAGCCGCUACGGCAUCUCCAGGGCCGACCAGGACGCCUUUGCGGCGCAUUCACACCACAAGGCCGCCGCAGCACAGGCAGCAGGCCUCUUCGAUGCCGAGAUUGUGCCCGUCACCACUAAAGUUUUUGAUGCCGAGCACCCAGACGCACCUCCACGCGAUCUCACUGUUUCCAAGGACGACGGCAUACGCCCAACCGUGUCUGUCGAGAAGAUGGCCAACUUGAAGCCAGCCUUUGCCGAGAAUGGCACCAGCACGGCGGGAAACAGCUCGCAGGUGAGCGACGGCGCUGCAGCGACACUGCUGAUGCGCCGCUCGACCGCGACUGAGCUGGGUCUGACGUCUGCGAUCAAGGGCCGAUGGGUGGCCACCGCUGUCGCCGGCGUAGCCCCCGACGAGAUGGGUGUGGGACCUGCCGUGGCCAUCCCAAAACUGCUGGGCCAGGUGGGCUUGGAAGUUGCAGAUGUCGGCAUUUGGGAGAUCAAUGAAGCCUUUGCGUCGCAGGCGCUGUACUCUGUACGGAAGUUGGGGAUUGAUGAGGCCAAAGUAAACCCCAAGGGAGGCGCUAUUGCGCUGGGUCAUCCGCUUGGUGCUACAGGUGCCAGGCAGUUGGCAACACUAUUGCCGGAGCUGGAGCGCACUGGGCAAGAGGUUGGUGUUGUGACGAGUAUCAAUUAUAUACAAAAUUCCAUAUUGGCAUGGAAAACUACAUCAGAUGUAAUAGCCAACUACUUGACUCUUUCAAUACUACACACACAACACAACAAAACUUCAUCUUCCACAUUUGUCUGGCUCAUCGCAACCCGGGAUGACUCCCGUGAGCUCCCUCAACCCGCGCAUUUCUCCGUUUUCGUGCCAUUUAUAACCGAUCCGAGGGAAGGCAGCCUGAUAAGUAUUGUCGGUACUCCAACGACCGGCUAUCAACUUGAAUUUGAGCGAAGCUAUUCUUACAAGACGAUUUGUCUGUACUGUCAACCACCAAUCAAGGAAUCGGUACCUCAAGGAAACUUGGAGAUUACUGCGACUCAGGUGCCAGUGCCGGGGAUAACUGAGGGUUUUAAGGGUUCUGCUAGUGGUAAAUCCGCAAAGCGAAGCCAGGAAUGGACAACAGAGUACAUUAAACACCUCAUUUUCAAAGACUACGUAGACCCUGUCGCUAUUGAAAUCGUCCAGUCAGUCUUCCCAGACCUGUGA